UUGCCAGCGCCACCACAAGUAAAGCUGUGCCACGCCACAGGUGAAGAAGCGAGUGACCAUAACGCAGUCUCGAGGCUGUGCAUUGGAAUUUUCACAGGUUGUGAGACGUUUUAGAUAGCGUGAAAUGUGUAUGACGCUUGGCUAUUGCAUGUAAAAGAACGAGGUGUGCGCCAGAUGCUUAUGGAAGUGGACUCUAGGGUGAUUCAGAAGAUAACUUGGGUGUGAUAUAGGGUGUGUGAAUCACCAGACUCGGUAUAGGAUGCGUGAAUAUAAGAUCGUCGUGCUGGGAAGUGGCGGUGUGGGCAAGAGCGCCCUCACCGUGCAGUUCGUACAAGGUAUAUUUGUGGAGAAGUACGAUCCGACCAUUGAGGACAGCUACAGGAAGCAAGUGGAAGUCGAUGCACAACAGUGCAUGCUGGAGAUUCUGGACACGGCCGGCACCGAACAGUUUACCGCCAUGAGAGAUCUCUACAUGAAGAACGGCCAAGGCUUUGUACUCGUCUAUUCAAUCACAGCCCAGUCGACCUUCAAUGAUCUGCAGGACCUCCGUGAACAAAUUCUCAGAGUCAAGGACACCGAUGAUGUGCCGAUGGUUCUGGUCGGCAACAAAUGUGAUCUUGAGGAUGAGAGAGUUGUCGGAAAGGAAUUGGGUAAAAGUCUCGCCAGCCAAUUCAAUUGUGCAUUUAUGGAGACAUCAGCCAAAGCUAAAGUUAAUGUUUACGAGAUAUUUUACGACUUAGUACGACAAAUUAACAAAAAAUCACCAGAGAAGAAGCAGAAACAGAAAAAGAAAUCUAUCUGCGUAUUAUUGUAAGAGACUAAAGCGUUCUUUAGAUACAAGAAAAA